AUGACGGACGCUCAAUCCGAUAGGCGAUCUAACCGAGUGUGGUCUUAUGAAAUGGAUGACCUGUCAGACGGUCAUCCGGAAAAGCUAAAUAUGGACGCCGAAUACACCUCGACAUCCACCUCCUCGAAAUCCAGCUCUGACCUCCCCUCCACACCUAGGACCCAGUCAGUUGCUGUGAUUAAACAGCCUCGAAGCGGUUACAAACACUGCUGGGGAAGUUGGGUUCAUUGGACGCGACUCCCGGAAGGAAUCAGAUGGCUUCUAGUUGUAUCCAGCUUCGUCAUUGUUAUAUGUGUUACCGGUUGGUUCGGUGGCUCCUAUCUGGCAGCCCAGAACCGCAUCGAAAAGGAAAGACUGGCAAAACUUGACGCCGGGAAUGCCUUACACCGACGUGCCUCGGUAAUGACCCUUCCCAGCGAGUCUUCCGUAAUUCCUCUGUCUACUGCCGCGCCGUCUACAAGUGUUACCGCUCCGAUUUAUGUCUUCACAGAUCCUGCACGGAAUACCUUUUUGACUAAAGUCCGUGCCGCUACGUCCACGAACGGUGUCGUCUCCCCCACUCCCUCUAUGGGCGUGACAAGAAAAGAUUUGAAUCGAAUUGUCACAUUGAACCUUGUCUUGGAUCAAUUGAUGUGA